GGAAACUUCAACGCCCUGAAGAGUUCGAGCGUUAAACACAUCUAACUUUCACUCGCCGCGUCAAAUCACGAAUCACGAUGGGCCAGUGUUUCAGUGAUACAGCUAGCCUCACCGAUUUCGUCAACAAGCCAGGUGUCGAAGACAAGCAGCUCACCGCUCAGGAUAUUAACCGUGGCUUAGACUUAACGGCCAAGCACCUCAAUGGCAAGAAAAAGCAGAUCACUGUCGUUGCUGUCGGUGGCGCUAUAAACACGAUUCUUCUUCGCUCCCGUGCCUCUACAGCGGAUGUAGAUUUCUUCAGCGUUGACACUGUAAACAAUCCCGUCUUGCGAGAUGGUAUCAGAAGCGCCGCCAAGACCAUGCAGCUUGGUGAUGGCUGGAUGAACAAUCACACUGCACUUUUCAUCGCUUCCAACACUAAAACCGAUCUCUAUAACGAAGCGAUUCGCGAUGGCGUAGUCAUCUUCGAUAAGCCUGGGCUUAAGGUGGUGGCUGCGCCCUGGAUGUACUGUCUAGUAGCCAAACUGGAGAAGGCUGGAAAGAGAGGGAAUGCGAAGUCCUAUGAUAUGUCCGAUGCGGCGCAAUACCUCAUCCAAGAAUCCAAGAGGAGGAGGGCAAAAAUCAAGGUCGCAGACAUUGAGGCGAAAGCGAAAGCGUACGGGGUCAACAUCCAGGAGGCGCAGAUUACGCAGUUAAAGGCUUUAUGUGUAGGGUAUAUGGAGGGGUAAGUCAGUUCAGCGACGAGCACAGUUUCCUGUAGUACAAGUGUAUGAUAGUACAAGGAUAUGAGUAUGACGUAUUGACCUAAACUUG